AUGGAAAGGGCGUUGGAACGUCAAGCUCAAUUUAUAGCGCGGUAUGAAGCAGAGGAAAAGGCACAAAGAGAAUGGGAGGAUAAGUUUAGAGAAAAUGGUGCAGCUCCUCCGGUCAUACCAUCACCUUGCUAUAAUGACAAAACUACCCCUGGAAGUGGAAGUGAAGAAGUUGAUGCCAAAUUAAGUGAAGAACCCAAGAUCAUGAUAGAGACUGAAGACCCAAAGAAAAGUGACAUGGACAAAAAUGUCAAUAUGUCAGAUAAUCAAAUUAAAAACCAUCCACAACCUACAUAG